AUGUUCAAGAAAGACCUUCCCGUGAACCCGAAAUCCAAGCUCAAGUCCUCCGUCCAGCGUUCGAUCCGCCAGUCCGUCCUGCAAACCUACCCGCUCAUCGAGCCGCACAUCGACGAGAUCCUGCCGAAAAAGGCCCACCUCGAGCAGAUGAAGCUCCCCGAACGCAUCGCCCUCUACAUCGUCGACUCGCAGCCCCUCUUCUGGCAGCAGGACAACGACACCCUGCUGCCCCACCUCAAGCUCGUCCACCGCUUCCCCGGCGCCUUCCCGACGCUGCGCAUCGACCGCGGCGCCAUCCGCUUCGUCCUGUCGGGCGCCACCCUCAUGGCCCCCGGCCUCACGAGCGCCGGCGGCCGGCUGCCCGAUCCGCAGGACGGGCCCGAGAGGGCCGAGGACGGGCGGUGGACGCGCGAGCUGAAGAAGGGCGAGCCGGCUGUCAUCAUGGCCGAGGGCAAGACGGAGGCGUGCGCCGUGGGGCUGCUCGUCGCCGGCACCGAGGAGACCAAGGAUACGAAGAAGGGGCCGGUCAUGGAGGAGGCGCAUUAUCUCGGCGACGGCCUCUGGAGGCUGGCGACCGAUUGA